AGGCUGGGCUAGCGGGCGCGCGCGCGCGUCGGCCAUCAGGGAGCGCGCGCUGCGCCCGCCUGCCCAUCAGCUGUUGCGCGCCUGUCAAUCAGCUGUGUGUGCACGCGCCUGCAUAAUCAGCCACGUGCGCGCGCAUGUCAAUCAGCUGUGUGUGCGCGCGCAGGGAAGCCGGAGCGCGGAAGCUUGGACUCCGGGGGAACAGGAGUUGCCCACGGUAACCGUGCAGGAAAGUUCACUUUAAUCAGCAAAGAGACGUGGGCGAUUCCUUCUUUAACCAAAAUCGAAGAACAGCAACACCUCAUCAUCCCCUCGGACUCCCUGCCCGAAGGCAAUGACUUGCUCUGGGAACAACUUGAUGCACAAUAGCAGCCCUCACAACCUGGUUCAGGAGCUUUCCCUGAAGGAAACUGUUCUUUGGCUGCAAAAGGAGGAAAUAAAUCAGGCUGCUUGUCAUACUGUUGGCUCCCUGUGAGGUGCUUACAUGAGGUAACAACCUUCUCGGUGGUUUUUGAGCCAAGAAAUGGGCCAGAAAAUCUCAGGGAAUAUAAAGUCUGUGGAUGUGAGGGAACCAGCCUACAGGCCAGUUAAGCGGGAGUUGCGAGGCCCUGACUUCUGCAAGCCAACUCGGCUUGACAUGUUACUGGAUAUGCCAUCAGUUUCUCGAGAGAUUCAACUAAAACAUGCCUGGAACAACGAAGACCGUUCUCUGAACAUCUUUGUAAAGGAAGAUGACAAGUUAACCUUUCACAGACAUCCAGUAGCCCAAAGCACAGAUUGUAUCCGAGGUAAAGUUGGCUACACACGUGGACUUCAUGUCUGGCAGAUUCACUGGCCUACAAGGCAAAGAGGAACACAUGCUGUGGUUGGUGUGGCAACAGCAGAAGCUCCAUUGCAUUCUGUGGGAUACACCUCAUUAGUUGGCAGUAAUAAUGAAUCAUGGGGCUGGGACUUGGGUCGCAAUAAACUAUACCACAAUAGUAAAAAUCAGCCAGGACUAACCUAUCCAGUGUUUUUGGAGCCAGAUGAAUCAUUUGUCCUCCCUGAUAGUUUAUUGGUGGUUUUGGAUAUGGAUGAAGGAACAUUGAGUUUCAUCGUGGAUGGACAAUAUCUGGGUGUGGCCUUCAGAAGUCUAAAAGGGAAAAAACUGUACCCAAUAGUCAGUGCAGUCUGGGGGCACUGUGAGAUAACAAUGAGAUACGUCAACGGACUUGACCCGGAACCAUUGCCUUUAAUGGACUUGUGUCGAAGAUCCAUUCGCCUUUCUCUUGGCAAGGAACGACUGCAUGAAAUAGAGACCCUACCCAUGCCUGUUUCUCUGAAGAAUUAUUUGCAGUACCAGUGAUGAAUAAACUUGGACUAAGCUGGAAAAUCAAAGCAAAGCAAUGGAAAGCUGUAGUUUACAUCAUAUUUUAAUCUGUGGAGGAUUCACAGUUGUUUGAAAUAUCAUAUGACUUCCAAAUAGACAAUGCUUAGAUAGGAAUUAGAGGGGAACCUGUCAUAUGAAUUAAGAGGAUUAUUUGCAACCAGUGUUAAAAGUAUUCCUAUUUUAGCAGUAAAGCAGUAUCUCAUUAUGAAAUCUUCGUAAUCCUAGAAACCGCUUUAUAUACAUUUGUAAUUUUAGCCUGUUGUCCCUACAAAAUCUACAUUGUUCAAAUACAUCCUGUAAUGUUCAGCAGGUUGUAGCUUGAGGAUAAUGCCUUGUAAUUGUUUAGUAUUUCCUCCUGUUUAAAACUGAACAUGCAGGUGGAAGAAAUUCUUGAUGCUAGUAAUCACCCUUUGGGCCUGUUUACGGUAGUUGUUUUUAAAUACAGAGGUAUUGGCUUGUAUACUCAUACUGUGCUAUUAAUUCUAGCAUGAAUGUUGUAUUAGGCUGUUUGAGAUCUGGCUUGUAACAGAUGAUGAAAACAAUAUGCCUUGAAGCCAGUAUGCACGAGCUUCUACUUAUUGCAAAAUUUCCUGUGAAGUUCUGCAUGAAUUUUUAAAAGAAACUACUGAGAGAUUACACAAUAUUCACUCAUACAAAGCUCAAGUCAGUUUUUUUUAUUUUGAACAAGAUUUUGCAAGAAACGGUUUUGCAUCAUUCAGCUGAAAAACUUUGUUCACCUCAAUGUACUAGUAUGUGUGUGGAAGAGUUUUAUCUGUGCAGAGAACAUAUUAUAACUCUGCUCCAUACCAGUCACUUCACUGGUGUACUACAGACAUUUUCACUUCUGCAUAGGUCAGAUCAUUUUAAGAUGCUGCUUAAUUUUCUGUUUUAAAGUUACCAAUUUAUUUAGUUUUUAAACUGGAAAUUGUUGCAGCUGCAGGGUGUCGAAUGUAAGGACGGUGCUGCCUUCAGAGUUUUAAAUGUGAAUUAACUGAAUGAAGAAGUUUCUAAUAAAGUUUACUGUUCAAAUUAG